GCUUGUAUUUCCCAGUGCCUCGUCAUGGCGGCUCAGACCCGGGCUCUGGUGACCGGUCAGUGGCUGGCAGAUGCUAUCAGAAAUAACCGAGUCGGGCCCAAGCUUCGCGUGCUUGACACUUCGUGGUACCUACCGAAAACGAAACGGGACCCGAAAGCUGAAUUUGCGCAGAAGCACAUACCGGGCUCCUCGUUCUUUGAUAUAGACGAGUGCUGUGACAAGACCUCUACGCUGGAUCACAUGCUGCCAACUUCCAGCCACUUCUCACGGUAUGUAGGAGAUCUGGGCGUCGGGAACGACACGCACGUAGUUGUGUAUGACACCAGCGACUUCGGGUCGUUCAGCGCGCCCCGGGUGUGGUGGAUGUUCCGGCUGUUCGGACACAGUUUGGUCUCAGUGCUGGACGGCGGCAUGAAGAACUGGCUGGCUGACGGCUAUCCGGUGACUUCUGAGUACUCCACGCCGGAGCGUAGAGAGUUCAAGGCGGCUGUGAACCAGUCGUGGGUGAAGAGCUAUGAAGACGUGCUGGAGAACAUCAGGACCAAGCAGGUCCAGACUGUGGAUGCCAGGCCAGCAGGGAGGUUCAGAGGUACUGACCCAGAGCCGAGAGAUGACACGCUGCCGGGCCAUUUCCCUGGUGCCAUCAACAUGCCUUUCACUUCUUUCUUGGACGCCUCUGGAAAGGAGCUGGGAACAGAUGUCCUGUCCAAACUGUUCAGAGAGGCGGGGGUGGACCUGGAGCAACCACUCUGGGCAUCCUGUGGGUCUGGUGUCACAUCGUGUCAUGUUGCUCUGGCGGCUCACCUGCUUGGGCACCCUGGGGUGUGUGUUUAUGACGGCUCCUGGACUGAAUGGUUUAAAAGGGCAUCUCCAGAGCAUAUCAUCUCAGAGGGAGAGGGAAAGAAGGUGUGAAUGAAAGAGGAACAGCAGUGGACUACUAUAAGUGAGGAUGUGAUAAUGGGACAGCAGUGUGAGAGAUCAAGACUAUAAAACUAGCGUCAUAAUGUGCUUUCUGUGCUGUAAGGCUGUGCACAGUAAGCUUGUAAUGAUACUUAACUACUGUCUGAAACCUUUAAUGAGAAUCUCUUCUAUACAUUAUGCAACUUGUAUAACUUUCCAUUAAAGCAAAGCUGCAUAAGGUAUUUUAGAAAAGUUUACACUAUCCUGAAAUAACAUGAUAAUGCUAUGUCUCAACAUGUUUAAAAUGGUAUGAUUAUGGGACUUUUUCUAUGAAGGUUCACAAGUAUUAAGACAAUGGGAUGUUUGAUUCUUGUAAGAAGUGCCCUUUUCUUUUUAGGAGCCAGUUAUGUAGAUGUAUUGAUGAUUCUUUUACAAAUGUUAAAAUAAAUGGCUGCUUGAGGUCCUUGUUUUCCUUUGCUACA